AUGAUUCAUAUAUAUGCUUUAACGUCUCUCUAUUUCUCUUGUCCAGAGCCAUGAAGCUUCAAUAUCUGAAUGAGAUGGAAGAAAAUUAAACAGAUGCAAUUAUAUUUUUCAUUAUCAACACUCACUGUAAACACUUUUCUCUAAUUCCAAUUCUCAUUGUACUUCUAUUCGCCACACCCAGUUCUCUAUUUCUCGGAUCUUCUUGUCCUACACACUGUUCUCUUGGCAAAACCCCAUGAAAAGGUCGUUCCUCUUGCUGAGAAGCUAUGGCAGAACCUAGCACAUUCAAGCAAGAUCUCCUCAGAAGAUGGGUAAUGGGUCUCAAAUCCUUUGGCUCAUCUAUCCAGGAUAUGGACUUCUUGGAAAGAAAGAAGGCCAUAAAGUUGUCUGCAGAUGUGGCUAUGGCUUCUCUUAGAGGUGGAAAGACUUGUUGGAGCCGUGCCCUCAUUGCCAAUGCUUCAAAACAAGAAGAAGGAAAAACCCUUGUAAGGAACAUACUGGGUAGUCAUGAGUUUGAGAAUAAGACAAGUUCAAAGCCUCCCAUGGGAACUUUCAUGUCACAGAAGAGGGUUAGAAGCAAAAACAUCUUGAGAAGGAGCUUUUGCAGUUCUCGUAGGAUAAGGAAGAUUGCACCAAAAAGAGUUCAAGCAAGAUCAAUUGCUAAGAGACUAGUGAAGAAGAGAACCCAGGUGCUUAGAUGUCUUGUACCUGGAGGAGAAUCCAUGGAUGAUGAGUUCUCUUUGUUAGAGGAAACCCUAGAUUAUAUCCUCUCUCUCAGAGCCCAAGUGGAUGUAAUGCGAUGCCUUGCUGAUGCUUCUGAGCUCUUAAACGGCAAGUAAGAUCAUCAAAGUUAUUAAGCGUCUUAAUUUCUCUUUUCCUUUUUUUCCCUCUAUAUUUUGCUUCUUUUUUUUUUUUAAGAUUACUUGAAGGAGAGAAGAAGCUUUAUAUAAUUCAAGCAUGUACAGAUGAACUAUAUAAAAGUAAAGCCUAUCUCUUAUUUCC